AGGUAGUUUCCUUAUUAAUGAUUUAACAGGUGCAAUCACAUGAGGCAGCCACCGUCCUCUUCUCACUGACAGGCUGAACACAGAGCAAGAUGGAGGAGGCCUGCAAAGAGGAGGAAGUGGACAGCUCGUUCACCAGCAUUUCGCUAGCGGAUGACCCAGGCCAUACGUCAAGAAUUUUGUAUCCAAGGCCCGAAAGUUUGUACCCAAGGCCCAAGAUGAUGAAUGCUGACAUGGAUGCAGUUGAUGCUGAAAAUCAGGUGGAACUGGAGGAGAAAACACGACUUAUUAAUCAAGUGCUAGAACUCCAACACACACUUGAAGAUCUUUCUGCAAGAGUAGAUGCAGUUAAGGAAGAAAAUCUGAAGUUAAAAUCUGAAAACCAAGUUCUUGGACAGUAUAUAGAAAACCUCAUGUCUGCUUCUAGUGUUUUUCAGACAACUGACACAAAAAGCAAAAGAAAGUAAGGGAUUGAUAUUUCCCUUGUUUGAUGGAGUUGCUGCUGAAUCUUUUCUUUAACACUUGGAUAGAUUUCGAAAGUUACAGUACUUUGUGGCUUCAUUGAAUAUUUAUGAAGAUAAUGUCAAACCUAGACAAAAUUAACUGCAUAACAGAAGACUUCCAUGAAUGUGUGUGUUAGUCUAAAAACGUGCAAAUGUAUUGUAGAGACUUUAUAAUUAGAAUUGCAUAUAUUUAUGAAACUUGAAGAUGUUUUAUCGAAUUUGCUUUGAUAUAUAGGUUUAGUAAUGUCUUUUAUUAUAGGCUUAGUAAGAUAUACAGGAAGUAACCACCAUGUUGUGAAAAAGUGACCAAAAUCAUGUACUGAAUGCACAGCUUUAUGUACCGUGUCCACCAUCUUGUGCCUCUUCUCCAUUUGCCUCUUCCUUCCCAUUUCCCUUCGCCUAAGGAAAAAAAAUGGUUUCACAUUUGUAAAGUUGCUUUGAAUAGUUAAUCAUCUAAGAGUAACCUGAGUGCUAAUUCUUGCAACUUAACCAAAAUAAGAUACUGUCUCAGUUAGGGCUUGUCAUUUGUGAUAGUAAUAAGCUAGGAUUGCUAGUUUCUCUUUAAUCAUUUAAAAACAGAUUAAGUCUAUGAAAGUGAAGAUACUUCUUUAAUACUGAAUUUUCAUAUUGGGAAGGUUUGUUAAAAACUUCCUUUUGCACAAAAUAACUCAGUUGAUAUGUGAAAAGAUAGGGAAAAUAGAAACAGGGUAGAAAAUAACUCAAUAAAAAGUAUUAACCAACUCCAAAUGUUUUCACUGGAAGUUUGUUUUCUUUGGCACAGAGUAAUAUGUCUGAAAGUGGAUUAAGUUUGAAUGGUUUUUGUAAGUCACAUGUUAGUAGAGAAGCCAAUUAUGUCUCCAGAUUUAUUUGUAGCUCCUAGCAGAUUAACUUUUGCAGAAUUCUUUAAGAGAAUGUAUUAGUGUCAGAGUUAUGGAUAAGUGGGAAGAUUUUACUCUGUGAUAAUUGCUAUCACAGUAUUUUCUCUCACUUGUUCUCCCAGAAUUUUCUGUAAAUUCAACUACUUGGUUUGUGGAGUUUCGGUCAUUCUUUAUCAGUUUUUAAAGUGUGUAUAGAUUGCAUUUAGUAAAGGAAUAUCAAAUAUAAAACGUUAUAGGAAAAGAGAUCUACUAAUGUAGCUUAUGGUUACUGGAUUUGAGUUACUUCUAAUGAAUGGAAUAAUCUUAUCUAUUGGUGUAAGAUUUGAUGAUUUUAGCUGUAUGAAUAUGUAAUAGUCAUACUGCACCCAUUUUGCAUCCCUUUUGUGACCUAAUUUAAAAAUAUUUAAAAUUGUGUUGCAGUUCUGCUUUGCUGUUUAAUAAAAAGCUGUUUCAGAGACUGCA